UAGAGCAGACCUUCACUGCACACAGUCGGAGACCGUCUCAGCACACCCUACUAACCCAGCUAACACUGGGUGUCUGUAGCCUGGUCAGGUGGUGGCCACUAUGUGUCCUGAUGCCGUGGUGGUGGGGAUCUGACCACAUGGAGGAGUGUGAGAGCAGUGUAGUGGAGGCAGGGGCCCUGGCCCCUGGGAGCCCCACCACAGAGCUGGGCUUGAAAAGGCUCUCCUUCGCGUAUCAGGGCCUUCUAGAGAUUCCUUAUGACAUCAUUCUGGAGCAGCGGGACACCCUGGAGGUUCUGGACCUCAGCUACAACCUGCUGGAUGAGAGCCCAGCUUUGCUGGUUGAGCUGGAGAAGCUGAGCACCCUCAUCCUGGACUGCAACAACUAUAAUGCUCAUGUCAAGUUCCCCUACAUGCCCAGCCUCACCACCCUGUGGAUCAACAAGAACAAAAUCAGCAACCUGCCCAUCAUAGUGGAGGAGAUCCGCUGCAAGUUCCCCAAUAUCAAGAUACUUAGUAUGAUGAACAAUGAAGCAGCACCCAGUUAUUUUAAUGGAGGAAGUCUGACUCAGUAUAUUGACUACAGGCAGUACGUUAUCAGUCAGAUUCCCAGCCUGGAGGUCCUAGAUGACACAGAAGUGCAAGAGAAAGAGCGAGCGCUGGCCAGGAAGACCUACAGGAUGCAGAGGAUCAGGGAGGGCAGCAAGAAGAGGAAGGAGCUCCAUCACUGAGAGCCAACGGCUAAUCGUUUCAUCAGACCCUGUCGGGCCGCAUGCCAAACCAACCUGCACUCUCUAAAUCUCAGAACAAUCCAACCACUCAUUCCAGGCCUUUAUAAGCUUUAAGAGAAGAAUGUGAACUAGUACAUGUUUGCAUUCACAAGGUGAUUAGAACUGACUUAAAGGGCCUAUCUGCUAUUUUUAUCUUGUAUUUUGUUUUUCCCAUGAGGUUAACUUAUGAUGUGUGUGUGGUUUUGUGUACCAAAAACAGUUUGUUUUUAUGUGACUGUUUUCCAAUCUCUCUUAGAAUCAAACAAGCUGUUUUUGUUACUGUGUCUAUGAGACUGUUAUAUAUAAAUGAGCUCUGUUCAGAUUUGGAUAGCCUGUAUUGCGUCUCAUUCAAAAAGCAGUCCAGGCUGAAACACUCCUUAUAACUUCAAGUUAAUGGGUGGAGCUAAACUACUGUAGGUUAAAUAGGUUGAUAUGAAAACAGACUGGUUUAGCAGUUUAAUUUCCAUAUAUGAACCGUAUGUACUCUGAAACUUUAACGGUGUUUACAUACUACAGCAGACUCUUUUAUUUAAAAAAAUAAAUUAAGUAAAAUAUGUUUUUUCAUUAAAUGGGCCCCUUAAAGCCCUGAUGCAUGCAUGAUAACCGU